AUGGAAGCACAGGCUCGAGAACAUGAAGCCAAGAUAGCUCGCUCGACUGGCAAAGAAGCCCUCAGUCACGCCAUCGCAGCAGCAGAGUACUAUAUGAAGGCUGUCCGCGAGGCUCCCAAUGCCGCUGAGAAGGCCAGACUGAAGCGCAAAUGUGAGGAGCUGCUUACACGCGCUGAGCGCCUCAAAGCUCCCCCGGCGCCAGCUCCAGUCCGGUCAAAAUGGCCUCGACAGAGCCGCCAGCUACCCGCGGGGGAAAAGGCAAUCCUGCUGCGAUCGUCUCGAUUACAUGGGAGCGUAUUCCCGCCCUGGGACGCUGAACCGGAUGCAAAUGCCUUUCGCAAAUCAUCGCCGCAGGAACCCCUUUACAGGGGUGGCGGUGGCGAUGAGGUUCCUGACAGUAUGAUGAUCGCUCAAGCUGAAAGCGACCUCGUUCAGGACAUCACCACGGAUUGUUCAGUGGUUGCCAGUUUGUGUGCUGCUAUGCCCCAUUUUCGCCGGACGAAAGACUCUAUGCUCUCGGCUCUCAUGUAUCCAUUCGACAAUAAUACUUUUGCGCCCGUCACUUCACAAAAUGGCAAGUAUAUAUUCCGCCUACACUUCAACGGCUGUUUCCGCCAGGUCGUCAUCGAUGAUCGCCUGCCGGCCUCAAAGACGUCUAGGACACUCUUCGUUGUCGACCGGAAGAACCCACAUUUAAUAUGGCCGGCACUACUGGAGAAAGCCUAUCUGAAAGUUCGAGGGGGUUAUGACUUUCCUGGGAGCAAUUCAGGGACGGAUCUUUGGGUACUCACAGGAUGGAUACCGGAACAGGUCUUUCUUCAGAGUGAUGAUAUCGAGGUUGACCAGAUCUGGAAGCGGAUAAAGAACUCUUACGAUUACAGCGAUGUCGUAGUUACUCUUGGAACUGGGCGCCUUUCUCCCGAAGAGGAAGAUGCUCUUGGGCUAGCUGGCGAGCACGAUUACGCCGUGCUAGACAUGAAAGUCGACGAGAAAUCUGGUAACCGCCGGUUGCUACUGAAGAAUCCAUGGUGUGAUGGUCUGGUCUGGAAAGGGGUCGGGUCGUCCGCCACCAUUGACGUUGCCGCCUAUCCACCCAGCUCAUCGUCCAGAUCCGACAGAACAGAUUCGACGACAGACCUGACGGGCGCGUUUUGGAUCACAUUUGAAGACGUUAUUCAAAACUUUGAAUCUCUAUACCUCAACUGGAACCCCAGUCUCUUCACAGAUCGGCAGGACCAUCACUUCACAUGGACGAUCCCCUCGCCAGCAAUGGCGCUCUCCUUUGCACACAAUCCCCAGUACAGCUUUUCAGCAUCAUCCUCCGGGGCUGUUUGGAUUCUCCUCUCUCGUCACUUUCAGGAUGGGGAGCUAGCCAUAGCUCGCAACCGUACCGCCAACGAAUAUGGUGACUCUAAAGACGGAAGCCUCGCCGCUGUGUCCAAUUCCCUGGGCUUCAUGAGCCUCUACCUCUUCAACACGACCGCCGGCCAGCGCGUGCAGCUGCCCGACCGGGCCCUUCACCGCGGGGCCUACGUAGACUCGCCUCAGACCCUGAUGCGGAUCGACGCCGAAGCCGGAGUCAAAUACACCGUCGCCAUAGCACAGCAGGAUCUCCCGUUGCCGAAAUACUCCUUCACACUGUCAUUCUUCUCCCGUUGCCCGCUCGACGUGGCCCAGGCAGCGCCAGCACACCAACACUACGAAGAGCUCGAAGGAUACUGGACACGCCGCACAGCUGGCGGCAACGCUGCCACCGCCACCUUUCUGCACAACCCGCAGUUCAGCAUUACCGUGCCACGCCCCACGUCUGUCUCCCUAUUGCUGUGCGCUGACGGUGCCGACAUCCCCGUACACGUGGAUCUCGUCUGGGCAGGCGGGGAGCGCGUGAUGGCCCUCUCGACCAGGGACAUCGUCGCCUCGUCCGGCGAGUACCGGCGCGGCUGCGCGCUGGCCGAGACCAAGGCCCCAUCGGCCGUGGUUGAUGCCGGGACCUACACCGCUGUUGUCUCAACCUUUGAGCCGGGCCAGCACGCCCGCUUCACCCUGCGCGUGGGCUCCGACGUACCCCUGACCAUCAGGCCAGUGCUCUCCGACGCGGCCGGCCGCCUCCGCACAGAGCUCGCCCCCGUCGUGUCCUUCCAAGGGGACGAGGUUCAUGCCAGCGAAGGCGACACGGUGCAACGCGCCCGCGUGGCGGUCAGCCGCCUCACGCGUGCAAGCCUCGUCGCCCGCAGCGGUAGCCUCUCCGGGGCCGGCGGGGGACUGCCAGCGGUGCCGAGCAGCCUGCGGGUGUCCAUCGAGGGUGGCAGCGGCCCGCACCGGACGACGUUGGCCGUCAGCGGGGAUGGCGAGUUUGCCGAUGGCACGAUGGGGGUGCGCACGCCGGAGGUAGAUCUAGACCCGGAUAUGGUCCGGGGGCCAGGUGGUGGCGUUUGGGUUGUCGUCGAGCAAAUGGGUAGUCGGGCUGCGGACCAGGGAAUCCAGGUCGACAUUCUCAGCGACGGCCAGGUCAGUGUAGGACGCUGGGAGACUGUCGAGCGGUACUAG